CCCUGGGCCCCGAGCAGCCCCUGCUCCAGGUGCGGCAGGAGCUGAACCCCCCCUCGGAUUUCUACCCGGGCUCCCUGCCACAGGCCAACCAGAGCAGCUUCCUUCAGGGCCCGGGCCCCGCCCAGCAGAUGCUGCUGCCCAUGGUGGAGUCUCAGCUGCCCCCGGUGGUGAACUUCGGCUCCCUGCAGCAGGGGGCACCAGCUGCCCCCCCGCCACUGCCCCUGGUGCCCGUCACCCCGGCCCUGCGGCCCCCGGGGCAGCUGGCCGGGCGCCUGGUCCCCUCGGCCGUCCGCGCCUUCCCCCAUGGCAUGGGGCGCACGGAGCUGCACCCCAUGGAGAUGAAGCCCUUCCCCGAGUACCGGAAGUUCAGCAGUCCUGGGGGUCGAGCCCCAGCGGUGGGCAGAGCCUGCGUGGGCCCCUUCAGCUCCCGCCUCCGGGCCCCAGGAUCCAGCUACGCAGGGGGCAGCCGCAGCCAGCGCCCGGAUGGCGGCCUGCCGGUCUCCCCGUCGGACGUUCUCUGCUGGACCCCCAGGCCCUGGGAGCGCCACCCCCCAGCCCGUGAGGGGCCCCCCGCCCGCCGGCCCCCCAGCCAGAGUGACAAGCAGGAGCCUGGCCUCGCCCACCAGCGCUAGCCCGGCCCCCUGCCAGGGUGGGGGUUGCCCCUCUUCCC